ACCAUUGUUUGUGUCUCCUCUUUCCCCCCACACCACCAGCCCUCUCUUCUUGCCUUUAAUAUCCUACAUUAUACCUUCCUUUUUCGUCUGUUCCUCUUAGCACACACUACCUAUAGACACUCCGUCUUAAAACUCCACUCUUUACCUUCUGGAGUAACCGCCAGAUAAGCAUUUUAAUUCGCUUCUCGUUAAUAUUUAUCCUAUCCUAUUCUUCCUUCUCAGUCUCUCUCCUUAUAUUUCUUUUCCCAUCAUGCCAUUGCCACUUUGCAUCUUAUACUAGCGCUUUCUUUCCUUUAUAUCAGUCUGAGACAGAAUCAUUCUUCCUCCCCCAUUAUCCCACUUUUAUUUCAUCCCUUUCAUCUUAGCCACUUUCCUUCUCAUUCUUGGCCGUUCUAAUUCCUUUCUGACCAUCCAAUAUUCUUCUCUUCCCGUCUUCUUAAGUACUCUCCCACCUUUUGUUUCCUCUCUCUCUCUCUCUCUCUCUCUCUCUCUCACCGUUCUCCGCUCCCUCACCUACAUUUUACCCGUUUUCUCACUGUUAACCCCCUCCCGAUUCACUACUCCCUCCCUCCACAUCCACUAACCCACCCCAGCCAACACAGCCCUUCUCCCCAGUUCCCACCGCACACCGCUAGUUCAUAUCAUCGGAGUCAGUCUACUUGUUGCUGAGGUGAAGUGAGUGUGACGAUAUAAUGAAGAUCAUUCUACCGUCAUUACUGUUGCUGUUGGGAUAUUUUCUCCUCGAGGGCGAGGGCCGUCUCCUGCGUUACUCAGUUCACUACCAACAUCUGCCAUCACACAACAACUCACUGCCAGCCCUACCUACGUCAGACACAGGGCGCGGCCGCCACCACCACCACCUUGUGAGGCGAGACAGUAAGGGGUCAAGCUGCCCUCCCUCGGUUGGGUUCUCCACCUUUGGCUUUCUCUCCUUCCUUCUCAUCUCCUUCAACACCGUCGUCAACAUCAUCAACGUCAUUAACAACAAUAAUAAUAAUAACAACAAUAAUAACAAUAAUAAUAAUGACAAUAACAAUAAUAACAACAACAAUCAGAAUGGGGCUAUGGCCAGAGGAUUCUCACAACUUAAUCUAGGUGACGACAUCUGGGAUUUCAACAACUUUAAGCAUCUUAUGGGAAAAGACGAUGGCGAUGAUGCUAACGAUGAAAGCUGCGUCUGCGAGGAUAAUGAAGAAGUGGAAGAAGAGUCGGUGUUGGAAAUCCUAGGAGGAAGUGGGCGAGAUAUGGGUGUGUGGGGGAGGACGGUGCUGACCCACUAUCCAGAGUGCGUCGCCAGGCUGGCUUGUGAGGGUGUCAGUCUCCUUCCCACUACAGCUGCGCCGUUGUUGCUGUUAUCACCUGUGAGGACGAGCGAGGUCGGGAUCCUCCUGACGACGGCCGAGAGAAGAGCCUGUGGGCUGCAGUACCCUCUCUGCCCGCUAUUUCUCGAUGACAAGACUUCCUCUUUGUGAUAUUCAGGAUAUUUUUCUGUAUUGCUUUUGGAUUAUUUUUAAUACUUUGUUAUGAGUGAUAAAAAAAUCAUUAUGUUUCACCUAUUCAUUUGUGUACCUGACCAUAUGGCCAUCCUUUCAUACCUACGUGUGUAGGGUGUGCAUAAGCUAACUGUUCUCAACACUAGUACUUGAGCAAUUAUGAAACUUAUUGUUCAGAUACAGUACUUCUUGAUAAGUACUUCAAAAGGGUUAUGAUUUGGUAGAGUACAAUAUAAUAUAAUAAAAUUACUUUAUACCAUUUUUUUGGGAAAAUUUUAGUUUUCGAGUUAAUUUGACUAUAAAGUUACAAAAAGAUAUUACAAUUUGGAAGGGCUAUAAGUUUACUGUAUAAGAGGGCGGAUUUCUUAUUAGGCUUUUCUUAUUAAUUUAUCCCACGGUUGUUAACAUUUAUACAGUGGGCAGAUUCAUUUAUAAUUAUUAUUUUCUUUUAUAGGGGAAUUUCUCUUUUCUUGUUUGCUUUAAUUUACUUUCUGUCUUAGUUUCACCCUUGUGUUCUCUCAAUUUCUUACUUUAUUACUUGUAUAUGUUAGCUAUGUCUUAGUUAUUUUAUUUCAUAUAGUUACUCCAUAAUCUAAGACCUGUGGUAGAAUAGCGAGGUUUAGGACAGCGUAUUCGAC